GACAAUUUCCUGAAUAUUUUCAAGACCAAUGAUGAAGGGCGAAGCAUGCGUGAACUUUUGAAUGACAACAUCGAGAAAACAGAAAAAUUCAUAAAAGACACAGGAGCAUGCUUACGUAAGCUUAGUCGUCUGGAGCAGUUAGCAGAUGAUCUGAAUCGACAUGCGGAAGCAAUCAAUGAUGUGACAAUUUUUUCACGCGAAAAUGAGGUUAUCGGCGCAUGCCGAUUCAUUAUAGCCGCGCGAGCACCGACACUCCAUCAGAAUUAG